UGGUGGCGUGGGUUGCCGCCCCUUCCUUCCUGCUGUGGGCCAGGGGAGCCGCCGCCCUGAGUCCUCGAGGAAGGCGGGAGUGGGAAGUGGCCAGAGGCCUCCUCAGCACUGGGCAUAAGAGCUCCGACGCGGAGGUCGUGUCCCCCGCCACGUUUCUGGCGACCGCAGGCGCGGAUUCCUUGUCUUCCCUCCGCACUUUCCCCUCCGCGCGGACUGCCCCGAGACGCUUUUUCACUGGGCCUUGUCGCCAGCACCCGGCCUGGGGGGCGGGACGCGCCUUUUCAGGGCGGGGGUCCCCAGAGCGUUUUCCUGAGUUGAGGCGGAGGUGCACGGAAACUAAGUGGGUCCCACGUGGCCUGCUGGGAAGCGCAGCUCCUCCAGCCCGCUUCCGUGGAAUGGAAUGGUUUUUCUCUGCAGGUUUACACCGGGGCCACUGAAGAGCUGCUGCUGCCUCCUUAUGGGCAGAACCCCUGUAUGGGGGGAACGAGGAUGUGAUACGUAGAAGGGAAGGCAGGGUGUGCUGGAAAUCAGAGGAGAUUGCAAGAUGACAGGAAAAUAAUGAGGAAAAUGGCAGCAAAACUAAUUAAUUCAUGGGAAAAUACAAUUCCUAGGCGCUAUCCCAGGGUCAUGAAUUCUCCAGUGCAGGUGGGGAAGUAGGGUGAUAUUUGUGCCAAGUAAUUUCAUAGGACCGGAGGGCUCAUGUGACACCUGUGACCAUGACAAGUUCUGGAGUCCAGAAACUCGGGUAGCGUUUCUAGAACCCCGCACCCUUCACAUACUGACUGAAGCCCUGCUCUGGGGAGAGUGCCAUCACAGUACCAUGUGGCAUGCGAGUGUAGCGGUAAUACUCCCCGACUGAACCGCCAAACCGAGGGUUAGGCUGCUUAUUCUCGCCGCCCAAUAACCAGAUGCAGAUAAACUAGGAAAGAAGGGAGUUUAUUUAUGUAACCAGGUACAGGGAGAAGGCCUGGAAAAUAUCCCAGACCAACUCAGAAUUACGAAGUUUUCCAGAGCUUAUAUACCUUCCAAGCUACAUGUGUAUGUACGUGUAGUUGGUGACCACCUCUCCAGAUGCUGAGGUGCCUGUAUCAUUGGCACAGGCCAGUACUGAGCUGUAGGUGGAAUAGGUUGUGCCUUCUGAAGCAGUAUCUAUUUACAAUGAAGUUGCAGUCUCCCGAAUUCCAGUCACUUUUCACAGAAGGAUUGAAGAAUCUGACAGAAUUAUUUGUCAAAGAGAAUCACGAAUUAAGAAUAGCAGGAGGAGCAGUGAGGGAUUUGUUAAAUGGAGUAAAGCCUCAGGAUGUAGAUUUUGCCACUACUGCUACCCCUACUCAAAUGAAGGAGAUGUUUCAGUCGGCUGGGAUUCGGAUGAUAAACAACAAAGGAGAAAAGCACGGAACAAUUACUGCCAGGCUUCAUGAAGAAAAUUUUGAGAUUACUACACUACGGAUUGAUGUCACCACUGAUGGAAGACAUGCUGAGGUAGAAUUUACAACUGACUGGCAGAAAGAUGCGGAACGCAGAGAUCUCACUAUAAAUUCUAUGUUUUUAGGUUUCGAUGGCACUUUAUUUGACUACUUUGAUGGUUAUGAAGAUUUAAAAAAUAAGAAAGUUAGAUUUGUUGGACAUGCUAAACAGAGAAUACAAGAGGAUUAUCUUAGAAUUUUAAGAUACUUCAGAUUUUAUGGGAGAAUUGUAGACAAACCUGGUGACCACGAUGCUGAGACUUUGGAAGCAAUUGCAGAAAAUGCAAAAGGCUUGGCUGGAAUAUCAGGAGAGAGAAUUUGGGUGGAACUGAAAAAAAUUCUUGUUGGUAACCAUGUAAAUCAUUUGAUUCACCUUAUCUAUGAUCUUGAUGUGGCUCCUUAUAUAGGUUUACCUGCUAAUGCAAGUCUAGAAGAAUUUGACAAAGUCAGUAAAAAUGUUGAAGGUUUUUCACCAAAGCCAAUGACACUUUUGGCCUCAUUAUUCAAAGUACAAGAUGAUGUCACAAAAUUGGAUUUGAGGUUGAAGAUCGCAAAAGAAGAGAAAAACCUUGGCUUAUUUAUAGUUAAAAAUAGGAAAGAUUUAAUUAAAGCAACAGAUAGUUCAGACCCAUUGAAACCCUAUCAAGACUUCAUUAUAGAUUCUAGGGAACCUGAUGCAACUACUCGUGUAUGUGAACUACUGAAGUACCAAGGAGAGCACUGUCUCCUAAAGGAAAUGCAGCAGUGGUCCAUUCCUCCAUUUCCUGUAAGUGGCCAUGACAUCAGAAAAGUGGGCAUUUCUUCAGGAAAAGAAAUUGGGGCUCUAUUACAACAGUUGCGAGAACAGUGGAAAAAAAGUGGUUACCAAAUGGAAAAAGAUGAACUUCUGAGUUACAUAAAAAGACCUAAAACUGAUGGCUACUAAAAAGCAGAGCAUUUCUGGUAAGAUUAAUUUUCUCCCCUCUCUCUUAAUGAGGUUUUAGAAACUACAUCAUAAUAAAAGACAGUUUAGGGGACCUCUGUAGAACAACAAGGGUCUUAUUUUGUGAAAUAUAUUUCAAGAACUAAACUGAGAUCCACCUUUCUUGAUCCGAUUUAUAUCACUGAAAUGUACAGUUCUUUUGGAAUAGUUUCCAUAGUUGGCUAUCAUCUUAACCUGUUCAGGCUUUUUUAAAAAAUUGUUUUUGCAUAGGGUAGUACUAAGAUCUUAAAAAGUAGUAACUGUCUUGAAGAAAAAAUGUUUAUUGUUUGCAAUUGAAAUAACUGGGUUACCUUGAACAAUGACUAUCUAUGAUGUGUCAGUUCUUAUCUGAAUUCCAAAAGAAACUUGGGCUUAAAAAGGAAAUAACUGACAAGUCUGCAUAAAAUAUGAAUAUUAAAUGUGUCCCCAGUUGCUGGCAUUCAUAUGUACAGGAUUUGUUCUAGCAAGUUAUGCUUUAGUAUGUGGUUGAUAUUUUCCUGUCACAAUGAUUUCUUUAUGCUGCAGGGCCUGGGACAGUCAUGGGAUUAACUUGAGGGUUACUCUUGAGCCUAUUAUUUUAAUAAAACAUUGGUAUUGGAAGAUAAAUGUGUUUAUGUGGUAUCUGACAAUGUAUAUCAGGUGUCAUAUACAGUGGUAAUAUGCCUCUCUUUAAAGUAAAUGUUAUUUUAUUAAUUAAAAGGAUAUGGUUUACAUUCUUACAUAUUUGUUCUCUAAAGAUUUGAGUCCUAAAUGCUUUCAUUAGGUAAAUAAAAUGUCUAACACAAACUGUUUAUUUCAGCUGCUAUACUGACAUAUCAUUAUUUCCUUUCUGUGUAGCCAGUCAUAACAUCUUUGUGCUCUAUGAGCAAAUAGUAAUUUUGGACCUUGAUAAAACAAUUUUGUAGAGUAUAAUAUUUCUAAGAGGAAGUGUCACAGGGGCUAUGAUGCAAGAAAGCCUCAGAAAUGACUGCAUACAGG